UAAACGUUUAAUAUAUUCAACAUGAGCGCCGAUUUGGUUUGGGAAUUGAUCAAGAACAACAGUUCUUACAUCGUCAAGCGCUCCGGCGUCCAGUUCUCCUCUGAGGCUAACAACCUCUUGAACUUGAACACCUUCAAGUACUCUGGUCUUGCUAACCCCAAGUCUGUUGCUAUUACCCCUGCCGCUCGUGGUGUCCGUGUCACUUUGACCAAGGCCAAGAAGGGUCAGUUCCCCGCCAAGGUUGCCAACAGCACCGUCAUCAACAAGUCUCGCCGUCAGACCGCCAAGUCUGUUGCUAACUUGAUUGCUCGCUCCCACUACAGACCCGACCUCCGUGCUGCUGCCCUCGCCCGUGCUUCCGCUGUCAUCUCCGUCCAGAAGCCCAAGAAGGCUGCUUCCCAGAAGGCUGUUAAGGGUAUCCGUGCCCAGAAGGCUGCCGCCAAGCUCGCUUAAAUGUAUAAAUCAAGCAUCUCCCAUUUUCAAUUUGCAUUUAAUACUGCAGGUUGAGAAUUAAUAAAAAUAAAACUAAAAAGGCGCAUUCCGUGUUGAAUC